AUGGCUACGGAAUCGAACGAACGCGUGCCGGAGACGCCGACGCAAGUGGGACCGCCGGCCGAUCCGGCGCUUCUCGCCACCGGCGCUGGCGCGUCGGCCACCGACGCCGAGCUCGCCGGCGUCGCGAUGGCCGUCGAGGCGAUGCGACGCUAUCAGAAGGAGACGCAGGAGAUCUACGAGCGAGUGCGCAACGCGGCCCAUGAGCUCAAGAAUCCGCAGCAGGAGGCGGCCGCCGCGAUCACGCAGAAGGUGAACCGUCUCAGCGACACGCUUACUGACACGAGAGACGCCGCGGUUCCCGCGAACGUGCUCGCCGCCACCUACGUCGGCUCAUCGGUGGCGCUCGCCGUCUUCACGCUCGCCUCACUCACUGGAACUUAUCUGCUCGCGCCGAUCCUUGGCCUUCUGCUUCCAUCGUUCGGCGCCGGUCUUCUCGCGGCCGCCGUCAUUCCGGCCUAUGCAAUCUACUCCAAUAUGGAGCGUCGCGCCGAUUUGCUGGUGCUCGCCGGAAUCCAAGGAAUCCUUGCCGGACACGCCGUCGCCUACUCGUAUCUGUCGAGCACCCCGUUGGCGGUUUUGUCGCCAAUCGUCGCCGCCUUCGUGGUCCCAUAUGUGGCCAGACAGGGACGCGUGAGAACGCUUGGCGGUGUGUUGGGCGCCUCGAUGGGAGCCCACGUGCUCGUCGGACUCGUCGCCGGCUCGUUGUCGAUGCCCUACAUGACGUUGGCGGCGCUUUACACUGGCGCGCUGGCGGUGCCGAUUCAGUUGUCGACUGUCGAGCAAUCGAAUGCUAGCGAGAUGAUGUACUCGACAACGGUCGUCGCGCUCACCGUCGCCGCCAAACUCAGCAUGUUCGCCGUGUUCGGCGCCUCGACCAACCAAUCGUCGAGCGCUUCGGCGGCCGCCGGCGGCGCCGUCCAGCCGACAUCGUCCCAAUGA